AUGAACGACACCAAAAUUUCAAAUAACUCCGAUAACAUAUAUUUCGAAAGCAUAGGAGCUGAAUUUGACCUUAUAUCAUAUGCUUUUUUAUUAAUUAACUUAAUUAUAUUUCCAUUCUACAAGUAUCUCUAUGAAAUCAAUAGAGACCGGGACAAGAAGAUGCUGCUCUUCCCAACAGUUCAACAUUUUUACGAAAUGGUGCAGCUAGCGUAUUUCCUGUUUGUUUUCUCGAUUAUUCUCCAUACGUUGCUACAUGUAAUUCACGAAAUUGUAAUAAUUCGCUUUCUAAUCGUUGUGAUCUUUUAUGCAUUGUGUUUUACCAUGUAUCAUCUUACAAAGGCAUUUUAUCUUACCACGUUUUUCCUGGCAUUCCAACAAUUUCUGGUUUUCUAUUUCCCAAAACUGGAGAAGCAAGUUUCAAUUAUCCAGAAACACUUUUUCAAGGACGUUUGGUAUUUAUAUAUCAUAUUUUUAAUAACAGAAGCGAUACUAUGGGUUCUAUCAAAUGGAAGCACAGCGGCUGAGGCAAAGUUUGACACAUUUUCCAGUGCAACCAUCAUUAUUCCGUAUGUCUUACAACUGUUUUCAACACUAUUUUAUAUUCCGAUCAUGAGAAGCGUUAGAAAAAAUGCUUACGUAACCUCUGGUCAUUAUUAUAUUCUGCAAAAGUACAUUUUCUGGCAGGCAGUCACUGCGCUAAUAUUUGAAUCGUUCCCAAUCAUAUUUAGCACUAUCCAGUUGUUACAUGGUUCUUGUGGGUGCUCUUUUGUGGUAAUCGCUACCUUAGUGAGUACUCUUAUAACUCCGUUGACUAUUCAAGUUCCGUAUUUGGGAAGCAGAAAAUGGAUUGGAGAUUCAUCGGAAAAAAUCAGUUUGAAAAGAUUUAUCAAAGUGAUUUUGGGGAUCAAGAGUUUCAGCGUCAACCCACACAUUAACGAUCAAUGA